CGAGUAAGCAGCUGCAAGUCCGGACAGAUAGACCGCUCGGUCAAGCCCCUCAUGCUAUUGGCACAAUGUCCGUGCCUGCAUACUCUCCGGGGUCGCACAACGCACGCAACAUGGACCCCUGCAAUGGACUGCUCAAGCUUUAUCAAGUCUGAAGCGUGCCCGUCUCGAGCAACUUUGUGAGGCCGUGCACCUCUCACGCGCUUCAACACCUGGUACGGAGGGCAUGUCACGGAGCCUUGGAGUUGGAGCUCGCACAGUCCGGCACCCAGGGCAACCAAUAGCCUUGCACCGAUAGCAGUCGAUCGGAGGAAGCAUCUUCGAUAAUAGGAGGAUGGCAAGCAUUCAUCCCCACGCAGCACGUAAGCUGAUUGCGUCAGGUCGGUGGCGGCCUGGCGGGCCAUGCUUCCCGAGGCGGCCGCCCGCACACACGACUCGCCUGCUGCUGGAGAACGACCUCGCUUUCCAGGUGCAGCAGGCGUGGGCGGCGCGCAACAGCGGGCAGCCGCUGAGCCCACAGCAGCAGCUGCUGGUGGAGAACCAGCCAUCUUGGCACCAGAGGUCUGCCAGCAAGGGCGGCACAGAGGCACGUGACCGCCGGAAUUGUGCCCGGGACCCGGACGGCGGAGGAGUUCCUCCAAGGUCAGGAAAAUAAGAAAGGUGCUGAAGGAACUGCGGCAUGCCUGGCGGUGGCUGACCGGCAGCCGGCGCCUGCUGCGGAGGGCCUACAAGGAGUGGGACUGCCUGGAGCCUAGAGUAGAGGGCAACCACAUAUGGAGCCGUGCAGUGGCGGGGCUGACUGGUGUACAGACUCUGGCUCGCGCGAGGAGGCAUGCGACGCAGUGAGACACUGAGCGGUGAGCAGGGGAGAGCGGUGAGCGUUGUGUGGGUGGAGUGCGGUGGGCAUUCAUCCCCACACAGCAAGUGAGCUUCUUGCGUCAGUCCGGUGGCGAGGCAAGCUUCCCGGAGGCGGCCUGCCACCGGAGUGCCGCGGCCACAUGACUCGCACCAACGACACGUACGGCACACUACAAUUGAGCUGGUUGACGCACCUGACCU